UUAUUACUUUAGCACCUUCGUGUGAAAGUUUUGUUUUGAUAAGUUUCAAAAGUUUGGCUCUAUUUAGUUCUCUUGCUGAGCUGGCGCGAUUAGUUAGUGAUAAGUGUGAUUUAAAUUUAUAUUGUGAGUAAAUGUGCAUUUAAUUGUACUACCGAAUGGACUUACAUAAUACACAGAAUUUUAGAAUCAUCAGACUCUUAGUAUUUAUUUGAAUGUAAAUUAUUUGGAAAUUAUUUUACUUCGCAGCUUGCUUUUCAGAGGGAGAGGCGAUGGCGCUCCACGAGCCGCCGAUGGCGUCGCCGGCUAGAGCAUCUAGGCUUCAGCGACAAGCCCCUAUUGUCGUUCAGGAAACUGACCUUGACGGUGAAAUUGAGGAAUUCGAAGAUGCACAGGAACCAUCUAUGACACUAAAGAAGGCGCUAGCAGAUUGCGAACAAGCUUUAGAUAAAUUCUUCUCUAAUGACGUGAAAGCUGCUAUGGACCUCAUGAAGCCCUGGAGAAACUUGUCGCUGUACCACAGUCAUGGGGCGGCAAUAUUUGAAUUCAUACCGGCGAUGCUCACAAUGGACCCACGCCAGGUUCAGUCAGCUCUAACCGCCACCCAGGAAACAUUUGAACUAUGUGACGGUCAACGAAGGGGCUACUCCAUCGUUCAAUCCAUUCUGAAAAGGCCCAAUUAUGGAAUAUACUCGGAAGCACAGGCGCAUGCUGAAUUAAUUCGCGCAGAAGCACUGCUGGUACAGGCCUGCCUUCUUAUAGUGGAAGGGGAUGAUUUUGGAGGCAUAUUACGUGCUACGUUACGCAUAAAGAAUUCGCAUGAUUCUUAUAAGCAUUGCUUGAAAAUUUUGAGCAAGAAAAGAACUUGGGACGAUGAGAAGUCACGAGAACACUUCGAGAGCGGAGUUCGAAUGGGCGUCGCAACCUUUAAUGUCAUGAUAUCCAUGUUGCCGCCCAAACUCAUCGCCUUACUCGAGUUCGUUGGCUUCUCAGGAGACAAGGAGCACGGCCUUCGAGAAUUGCUCAUUGGAGCUAAUAACCCAGGCCUCCGCUCCGUGUUAUGCGUCCUGGCUCUACUUAUGCACAACCUAGUUAUUGGCCAGUUCGCUGCCAUCCCUCCAGACUACGAGCUUGCCCGGAAACUUAUCGACGAGAACCUCGCGAAGUACCCGGACAGCGCGUGGUUCCUAAUGUUCAAAGCCCGCCUUGAGCUGUUAUUAGGUAAACCCGCGGAAGCUGUUGAAACCUACGAAAAGGCAGCUAAAGCCAAAGGUCUAUGGCCCCAACUCAUACAUCUAGCAUAUUGGGAGAUUAUGUGGGCUCACGCUAUGAUGGGAGAGUGGGAGAAAUGUGCACUUUUUGCUUCCCGUCUCCUCGAAGAAAGUGUAUGGUCGCGCACAAUAUAUGCAUACGUGCUUCUCGCCGCAUCCCUUCAAAAGGAAACUCCACCUGAAAAAGCUUGGAUUGACCAGCUCAUACAAUCAGCAUCAAACUACAAGCAACGGAUCCUAGGUAGAUCAGUGCCGAUGGAGAAAUUCGCUUUACGCCGUUGUGAGAGAUUGCGCGCGCGAGGCGUACUAGUACUGCCUGGUAUCGAGUUGCUCUGCCUUUGGAAUAUGUUUCCCGCUAUUGCGAAGGACCAAAAGAUGGCCGACAAAUUCCUUAAGAUCAUCGAGGACGAAUACAACAUGAUAGAGAAGAUAUUCCUUGACUACAUAAAGAAAGUAAAGGAGCGGAAAGCAAGCGCCAAGAAAACGGGGGAAGAGAAUGACGAGAAAUUGAAGUAUGACGCUGAUGACUUCAACCUGUGUCGGUACAUGCGAGGAUCAAUGCUUCACGCUAUGGGCUUCCCACGACUUGCUCUUGAGUACUUGGAGGCUAUUAUUCACGACAAGGAGAAAAUUAAGGAGAACACUCAUCUUAUACCGUACUCGAUGGUAGAAAUGGCGUCUUGUCGCUACAGUCUUGGAGACCCCUACAUGGCUUUAGACAUUCUAGCCGAGGCGAGGAAAAAAUCUGGGUACCCCCUCGAGUCGAGAUUGCAGUUCCGCAUCCACGCAAAAACGGAAAUGAUUCGGCAUAAGCUAGAGCCAAGACAAACAAACGCAGCUACAAACGCAACAGCGCGAACAAAACUCGACACGCCCUAUACUUUGGGAACACAAGAAUAUUUUGUGAGGAGCACUCCACCUCUGCCCGUCCCUAAGGAAGAGGAUGAAGGAGAUGAUAAGGGGAAGAAGAAAGAUAAGGGAAAGGGUAAAGACAAAGGGAAGGGUAAAGACAAGGGGAAGGGUAAAGACAAGGAUAAGAAGGACAAGAAAGGAGACAAAAAGGAAUCGGUAAAAACUGUUAGAAUAGCUGACACCAUCGUGAAUAUCGAUGGUGACGUUAGCGUCCUACCUCGCUCGGCAUCGCCGGUGGCUGGCACGUCCAAAAUGGAUACGAUGAUAACAACCGAGGGUGUGGUGGUAGUCCAGCCCCGAUCUGGAGACGUGCCUCUGAGCAUGGCACCUCCGAAGGGCGAUCGCAGCAAAUGACGAACACCCUCAUGCGCGGACGCCGCGUACAGCCGGUCAAACUUUAAAAUCUGGCGUUAUUUCAUCUGCCCAGCUUUUCUACCAGCUACUGAAAUCCCGCACGAGCAAUUCGAUUAAGCAAGUAUCGACCGUCUAAAAUUGAUUACAAAAAGGAAAUACGCGUGCUAAUUCUGAUAGGACUUGUAGAUAUUUUGUGAAUUUUUAAACUGAAAAAAUCAGUUGUUGAAAUGUGAUAAAGGAGUUGGUUUGAAUUAGCACGUGACGCCUCUGACCACUUGACAAUUUACAAAUGGAGAUGACUUGAGAGCGAAAGCGUCGUCUGUCGUUUCGCUCUCAAAGUCGUUGAGCAACAAAAUUACAAAAACUUCUAACAAAAUUAUAUGUUACAUAACAUGUUACCUACUUAAUAAAUAUUUUGUAUUUAUAUUGUAAAGAUCAAAAUUUUAUAAAGAAAUAUAUAUUGAAUAUAUGUUUUGGAUGUGAAGGUUUGAUGAAGUUUUGAUAAAAUUGUAAUUGUAUCGAAGUUUUACUUCCGUUUACGGUAAGAAUACAAAUCUUGCAUUUUGACCUUUCAAAGGUGUAUUGAACGCUAUAAAAUGUCGUAUGUCAACGAAAAAUUGUUAGGGUGCGUACAUCUGGCGAAUAUGCCGCGAAUGUGCAGCUCGCAAGCAGUUUGCGAGCUCCGCGCGUGCAUUAGUGUUCGUGCGCCGCACCUGCGCCGCCUACGCGCACUUCACAACCUUCAACCUAAGCGCAGUAUGCGCUUAGCGCGCGGGCUCACAGUGGUCUGAAAUCUCAAAAAUCUGGCCAAAAGUAGAAAAAAAUUAUUUUUUUCUAGGGACUUUUAAUGGUUGGAAUACUUGUAGUGUGUAUUAUGAACGUUAUAAAAGGGGAAUCAUCCCUACCUAGCUUGGGAAAUUAUUCCGUUCGUGA